AAACUAAAAAAACAAACUUUGCCAUGUGCAAUAUUUUGUAAACUAUAGUGCACUUUAGUGUCUUAUUCCACAAACUUUCUGUCAUCAUUCUUAAUGAAGAUUGCCACAACAAAAUAUAAUUUAUUGAGUGCACAUUAUUGUCAUUUCUUUUAAAUGACAAAUCAUGUAGGAAUGAUUCAUUAAUGAAUCAACAGGUCCGAAAUGUAACAUGAUAUAACACCCACGAACAUAACAGUGUGCUGUAAAACAAUGUGUGGACGUACUGCAUGUGCUCUGGAACCAGAUGAUAUCUGUAAGUCCUGUUCCUUCAACUCCAAAACAACUGCUAAAGGGAGACAACAACCUGUAUGGCGGGAUCCGCCUGGUGGUCAGAAGUAUUACCCAUCAUACAAUGUGGCUCCUGGUUCGCAUACACCGGUGUUGAUUUCAAGUCAGCAUUACCAGGGAGAACUAGAUACUAAUACAGAGAGAGUGAUACAACCAAUGAGAUGGGGUCUAGUCCCAUCAUGGCAUAAAGGAGAUCCAACAAAUGUAGGGUAUGAAACCAAUAACUGUAGAGCAGAAGGAAUGUUGGAGAAAAAGACAUAUAAAGUUCCAUUAGAAAAAGGUAGAAGAUGUGUGGUACUAGCUGAUGGUUUCUUCGAAUGGAAGAGAGAACAAAACAAAAAGCAACCAUACUUUAUUUAUUCCCCACAAGACACUUGGGUUAAAAAAGAAAAUCCUGACUUAAAAGUGAAGAAGGAGCCUAUUGAUCCUGAUCAGAACUUUAAUGUUAAAGACGAAGAACUUGAGGAAGAAACAGAAGUCACAGAGAGAAAGCUGUUGAUGAUGGCAGGUGUAUUUGAUGUAUGGCAUCCCCCAGAUAACUCUGCUCCAGUAUAUUCUUACAGUGUAAUAACAGUAGAAUCUUCGCCUGUGAUGUCAUGGAUACACCAUAGAAUGCCUGCAAUAUUGACAAAUGAUGCUGAAAUUGAAGAAUGGUUAAACUUUGCAGAAGUUCCAUUAAGAGGGGCAGUACAGAAUAUUAGACCUACAGAAAGCUUACAGAUGCACCCAGUAACAACAGCCAUGGGUAACUCACGUUACAAAUCACCAGACUGUGUUCAACCAGUAGAUCUGAAGAAACCAAAAGCACCAGUAAACAGCAUUAUGAAGAACUGGUUGUAACAGCCUAAAAAGGAACAAAAUGACCAUGGACUAAGUUCACCUACAAAAUCCCCAUUAAAAUCUAACUCACCAUCAAUGAGACCAUCUCCAACAAAACAAUCAAAAAGUAGUAAUCUAAUGAUGAACUGGUUACAUAAGGGGAAAAGGGAACCAGAUGAAGAUAACAACUCUCCAGCAAAGAAGAUAAAAACUUGUGAUGCUUGAAUUUAUUUGGAAUUUACACUCUGGUGCCAUUUGUGUUCAAAAAUAAAAAUGAAUAUCUUAUGUUGAAAUGUAGUUUUGUAACAAAUCGUAUAAUUAUCAUAAUUUGGCUGUGAAAUGCUUGAAAUUAAUCAUACAUACCAUUACACAAAUACCCUUGUGUUCAAACAUCAUUUUAUAUAUAUAUAUAUAUAUAUGUGAAGACUUUACUUUUUAUUUGUUAAAUAAUAGUUUAUAUGGAGUCAUUGUAUCGUUAAUUGUCAUCUAGACACAUUUUUGUUUUUGCUAGCCAAUAUUUAAAAUUGUAACAGUGGUAUGAUAUUGAUUGAUGUAAAGUUUAGUAAAAUACCAUUUAACAUAUUUAAAAUGUGACAAGAUAUAUAAAAAAGAUGUGUUUGCAAUAAAAUGAUCUGAUAUUCCUCUUUUGCAGAAUUAAUGUAUUUGUAUCGCUUACUAACAGUACUUAUCAGUUUGACGACUAUUUCGAGGCCCUGCCCCCCUAAUUCAUGGUCCAGUGACUUUGAAUUAAUAAGCAAUUUUCAAUGUUAAGUUUUCUGCUUAAGUUAGUUUGAUAGGAUUUACUGGUGAUAGAUAUUUGAUAUUUUGUAUGAUGUCGCAUAAUUAUCAAUACAUAUCAGUUUGACGACUAUUUUGAGGCCCUGUCCCCUAGGACAUGGUCUAGUGACUUUGAAUUAAUAAGCAUUUUUCAAUGUUAAGUUUUCUGCUCGAGUUAGUUUGAUAGGAUCUUCUUGUGAUAGAUCAAUGAUAUUUUGUAUGAAGUUGCAUUACUAUCAGUACAUAUCUGUAUGACGACUAUUUUGAGGCCCUGCCCACCGUAGGUCAUGGUCCUGUGAUUUUGAAUUAAUUAGUAAUUUUCAAUGUUAAGUUUUCUGCUUAAGUCAGUUUGAUAAGAACCAUGUAACAGAUCAAUGAUAUUUUGUAUAAAGUUGCAUUACUAUCAGUACAUCUCAGUUUGUUGACCAUUUAGGCCCUGCACACUAGAUCAUGGUCCAGCGACUUUGAAUUAAUAUGCAAUGUUGCUGUCCUUCAGAUUGUCUUUUUCUGAAUUUUAUGCAGACAGGCGAGGCAUAUCUCUGUGUCAACAGUUUAUUGUUUAUUGAUUAGCAUUUAGUUUUUGUGUUGAAGUGGUACUUUUGUUUACUCUCAAUUUAACGAGAACUACAUUUAUUCUGCAGAAUUGUUGUAAGGUAUACAUAUUUCUUAUUCAUUUAUUGAAGUUAAGCUUUGAUCAGCCUUUUUAGUUACUAUUACUUAAUGUACAAGUUAGUAAGCUAGCACUUUAUAAUAAUAAAGAAGUUUAACCUGGAAA